AGUAUAAAUAUUCGUUAUUCACAAACCAAAUGACCUCCAAUUAACUUGAUAAUUCCACCAAACUAUAAAAAUAUAGUAUGGAUCUGUCUUACAUUCAGUGAUAGUGUAAUUUAAGUUCUUACAAACUCGGUGCAAUUUCAAUGUUAUUGGAGCGUCUUUAAACGCAAUUACAUAUGGUGUAAACACGUAUGGUAGUAACUAGUACUAAGUGCUUUUUAUCGGAUCUUUGUCACGAAAUCAGUCACUUGCUGCGGUAACAGAAGAGAAAAAUGCCGAGUCGAGUGAUCAUCUUCUUCUUCCUCUUUUCUCUCUUCAUCAUCCCAUCACUCACUGCAUCCCCCGACAACGACGAAUUCCUCAGCUUCCUCGAAGACUACGAGGAUUCAUCCGAACCAGACAUCGACAACCAUGCCGAUCCCAAGUUCCCUUCAGCGCCAUUUGAUCGCGCUCAAGAAGAUGAGGACAUUAAGAUUGAUGACAAGGACGUUGUAGUCUUGACAGAUAGGAAUUUCAGCGAAUUCCUGGAGGAUAAUAAGUAUGUGAUGGUGGAAUUUUACACUCCCUGGAAUGGACAUUGUAAGGCCCUGGCUCCUGAAUAUGCGGAUGCAGCAACAGAGCUGAAGAAGGAAAAUGUGGCUUUGGCGAAGAUCAAUGCGGUUAAGGAGGUUGAGAUUGCUGAUAACUAUGAUGUCCGAAGUUUUCCUACCAUUUUUUUCUUCGUUGAUGGUGAUCCUGAACCUUAUAAUGGCCGAAGAACCAAAAAUGCAAUUGUCACUUGGAUAAAGAAGAAGAUAGGACCUGGCGUUUACAAUAUAACAACAACAGAAGACGCAGAGCGUGUACUAACUUCUGAGGACAAAGUUGUUCUAGCGUACCUCGACUCCUUGGUGGGUCCCGAGACUAAACAAGUUGCAGCUGCUUCAAAACUUGAAAAUGAUGUUAGCUUUUACCAGACAACAAAUCCUAACGUGGCUAAGCUAUUCAGCAUAGAAGCCGAUGCUAAACGCCCUGCUUUGGUUAUGCUUAAAAAGGAGCCAGAAAAAGUGGUGCAUUAUGAUGGUCAAGUAAAAAAAUCUGCAAUAGCUAAGUUUGUUUCUACCAACAAGCUUCCUUUAGUGACAACUUUUACUAAAGAAACCGCCCCUGCAAUUUUCGCGAGUCCAAUUGAGAAGCAGGUUUUGCUUUUUGCCACAGCAAAUGAUACGGACAAGUUGUUUCCAACAUUUCAAGAUGCUGCAAAACUUUUCAAGGGAAAGCUUAACUUCGUUUUUGUGAUAAUGGACGACGACGAAGUUGGAAGACCAGUAUCAGAUUAUUUUGGGGUCACUGGAGAUGCUCCACAGGUUAUUGGAUACAUAGAAGAAGAUGAUCGCAUUAAAUUUAGAUUUGAGGGGGACAUUACACUCGAGAGGAUUAAGGCAUUUGGAGAGGAUUUUCUGGAAAACAAGCUAAAACCUUUCUAUAAAUCUGAUCCAAUUCCCGAGAUUAAUGACGGGGAUGUGAAAAUCGUGGUCGGGAACAAUUUUGAUGAAAUCGUUCUAAAUGAGUCAAAAGACGUGCUUCUUGAGAUCUAUGCACCAUGGUGUGGGCAGUGCCAAGCUCUAGAACCAACGUUUAAUAAACUUGCACACCAAUUACAUGGCGUUGAGUCUCUUGUUAUAGCCAAAAUGGAUGGAACAAGAAAUGAACACCCUCGUGCUAAGUUUAAAGGAUUCCCAAGUCUCCAGUUCUUUCCAGCCGGAAAUAAGAGCAUUGAUCCAAUCCUAGUUGAGACUGAAGGUACCAUGGUGGGAUUGUACAAAUUUAUCAAGAAACAUGCAGCUAUCCCUUUCAAGCUUGAGAAACCAGCUUCUUCUACCACAUCACAGAGUUCUACAUCUAAAGUACGUGUCAAGAGGGAGCCUAGCAACGUAAAAGAUGAAUUAUGAGAAUUGAGAAGAGUUUAACUUCUAUACACUUGACAAUAUCUUUCCUUCUAUUGUUAGAUCACUUUUCUGUGGAACUAUUUACAUAACUAAUGUUUAGAAUAUUACUAGUAUUCUUUUAUAGUAGUUAAAGAGUUUCAAACAUACAGAUAAAAUCAGCUUUUUUUCAGUUUAGGUCUGAAAAGCUGGAUUCCAUUUGAGUCGAGUUAAUCUUUUGAAGAGGUUCAUACAUUUUUAUGUUUAAUGGCCCCAACAAAUCGAGAUAUGUGUAGCCUAUAAUUUUUUCUUGUUACUGUAAUGACAAUAAAUACU